AUCUGUUAAAAAAAAAAAAAAACGCAAACAGCACGCUCCCCAAAGCAGCGGCUUCUCUCUCGUUCUCAAUCUUUCUUCCCAUUUCUUAACGGAGAAAGAAAAGAAAAUUAAGCAAAAAAUGGAAAAAAAUCUACUUUAACUACAUUUUCCACUCCUUUCUUUAACUUAACACACAUUUCCCAUACAUAGAAGAAGGGAACCUACUGGCGUGCUAGGGUUUUUUCUUUCUUACAGGACAACACGGGUUUGUUUUGUGUACCAGGUUCGGUAUUUACAACAAUGAAUAUCUUCAAGAAAAAAACUUCUCCUAAAGAGGCUCUCAGGACUAGCAAGAGAGAAAUGACUGUUGCCACAAGAGGGAUUGAACGUGAAAUUGCAUCUCUUCAGUUGGAGGAGAAGAAAUUGGUGGCAGAGAUAAAACAAACAGCAAAAACUGGAAAUGAGGCUGCUACUAAAAUCUUAGCUCGGCAACUUGUUCGACUUCGGCAACAAAUAACAAAUUUGCAGGGGAGUCGUGCCCAAAUCAGAGGCGUUGCUACUCAUACACAGGCUUUGUAUGCCAGCACUUCAAUUUCUACUGGGAUGAAAGGCGCAACUAAGGCAAUGGUGGCUAUGAACAAGCAAAUGGCUCCAGCAAAACAAGCUAAAGUGAUCAAAGAGUUCCAGAUGCAGUCAGCAAAAAUGGACAUGACGAUUGAGAUGAUGUCAGAGGCUAUUGAUGAGACUUUAGACAAAGACGAGGCUGAAGAGGAAACAGAGGAGCUCACUAACCAGGUUCUUGAUGAGAUUGGUGUGGACAUAGCAUCUCAGUUAUCUUCAGCUCCAAAAGGUCGGAUUGCAUCAAAGAAUGCUCCUAAUACUGUUUCAAGUACUCUUCUGGGCUAGAAUUGGGUUACAGGAGUGAGUGGUCGAAAGGCCAAGAACGCUUAAACUGCCUCCAUAUCCCACUGGAGAGGCAAACACCACCUCAAUACAUGAAGAGAACAAAAAAAGUUUUAAGCAUGGUAUAACUUGUAGUCUCCCAUUUAUGCAUUUUAAAUUGUGGUUUGAUAAUUUUUGUUUAAAUAUGUUGGUAUUAAAAAUAAUUUUUUUAAAAUAAAAAAAUAUUAUUUUGAUGUA